UCUGGCAAAAAGUGGGUGCAGCAAUGCACCUCUGCCUACCCCGCAAGGGAGUACAUUAGUACAAGGCGUGAGUGCGUGUUUUUUUUUUAUACGAAACAUGAUUUGAAAGAAUAUCUAUUGUUAAUUUGCAAUCAUUUUGGGAUUAUUUUGUUUAUUUAUUUUGGAACGUAAACUUUUUUUUUUGGGAUUCCGAAUUUGGUCUUAAUUAUUUUUUUUGAUGUUAGUGUACAAACAUUUUUUUGGUAAUGAUUUAAUUUGCGCCCUUAAUUAAACCUACUCCAAAACCGAAAUACCCAACCAAUAACAUUUACGUUCCAAAAUUAAUAAACAUGCCUCAAAAUACAUGAUUGCAAGUUUACAAUAGAUAUUCUUUGUAGUCACCAAAAUGGAUAAAACAUCACCAAAUCAUGUUUCCUAUAAUUCCCAUCCCUAUCUAAAUUCGCAUCCCCAUCCCCAUCCUCAUUAGAAGAUACAUAUAUAAAGUUAUAUUAUACUAGGUACCUACUAAUUAUUUAAUUCUCAAGGCAUUUUAAAAAAACCGGCCAAGAGCUUGAACCGGGCAAGGCUUACUUGGAGGCAUACUGUAAACUGCACAUUUUUUUCAGAAUUAUUGUAAUAGUAAUUCAAAAGUUAAGGGGGGGGGGGGACUCUCUAAUUUUAACUUUGUAUUAAUAUAUCUCGAGACUGGGGGGUUUGAUCCAUAUGGUUUCAAGGCAAUGUUUGUUGUUUUUAAAGAUACCUUUUUAACGAUACCCCACACGAUAAAUCGUUUUUUUUUUCGAAUCAACUUUUUGAUUUAUGGGAGGGGGAGUAAAAAUUAUUAAUUUUCGAUCAUUUUAACCCGAAGACAGUCGCGCGUGGGUCGAAAAGACCCAGCUCCCUAUUUAUAACUCCAUAACUUUUAAAAUAUUUCAUAUUACUAACUGGCGUGCUUAGUACCUUUAAGUUACCAUAUAUGCUAGCCGCACUCCCCGCCCCGACCAGUUUGCACGCGGCACUUGAACAGGACGAACGUUCAAUACAACGAGCCGCCGGCCGAAAACCCGUCACCACAACCGGAAGAGCAAAUGGUAACAAUGGAGACUGCACCUGUGCCAACUAAUACUGAUACUCAAGUGGACGGAUCGGAAGAAAUUGAUAUUGAAUUUCUUUCGGCUUUAGGCGACAUAACUCCGGAAACGCCUAUGUACGGCGAAAAAAUUCACGAGACAAUGGCGGAAAGGUGGUUGCCAAUUCUCCGCGGCGGUUUGCCUAAGGAGGCAGCUGAAUUAUUAUUAAACCAAUACAAGAUUCCUGAAAAUUGCAAACUGUUGAGAGCGCCCCCACUCAGCCCAGAGAUGAUUUCGGCCAUAAGCAGCACUGCCAGGAGCAUAGAUAAGAAGAUCGAGAAUCUUCAGCAACAACUCGGUCUGGGCAUAACGGCUAUCAACCGUGCCAUGAAUAUACUGAUUACUGGCAGCGGUGAUAAGGAAGAUAAAGUCCAAACUUUAAGGUUCUUAUCUGAUGCAUGCCGCAUAUUGUGUGACCUUCACUAUAAGGAUUCAGAAUCCAGAUCAAAUUUAAUUCCAAAAUCGAAAAAAUCUCUUCUUUCCGUUAUUCCGGAUGUAGAAAGAGACGACUCACUAUUAAUAUUUAAACUCGGUGAAAAGAUCAGAGCAUCUGAGAUAGUCAAAAAACAAGCACAAAAAAAUGAAGUCGCCGCAAUCCAGAAACCUCCUGCGCCGUCCACGUCCCAGUCGUCGCCGUCAGAAGACUCGCGCAACGCUGAGACUACCGUAUCCACCACGGGGAACAACACAAGCGAAGGGCAGUUACAACAAGCAGCGAGCUCCUCCGCGCCAGUAAACUUGCCGUCGCCGUCGAACAGACAGGGGGAGGGGAGGCGCACAGAAGACUCACACGACGAUGAGGCCAUCGUACCCAUCACAAGGGACGACACAAGCGACGCUGAGGCCAUCGUACCCAUCACAAGAGACGACACAAGCGACGCUGAGGCCAUCGUACCCAUCACAAGGGACGACACAAGCGACGCUGAGGCCAUCGUACCCAUCACAAGAGACGACACAAGCGACGCUGAGGCCACCGUAUCCACCACGGGGAACAACACAAGCGAAGGGCAGUUACAACAAGCAGCGAGCUCCUCUGCGCCAGUAAACUUGCCAAGUGUGUCUACCAGUGAGGGAGCAUACCCUGGCUACGACGAGGUUCUGCGGCACGCGCUCCGAUUAAGAGGAACUCCAGAGGAUGCCUUAGGUCUAACUCUUGCAUCAUGGACCGAGAACACGUUGAAAAGAUAUAAUGUUUCUUUCAAACGUUGGUGGACAUUUUGUCAAGAUAAUAAUCUUAACUUUUACGAAUCUUCUAUAUCUUGUUUAAUAUUCUUAAAGAAAGAAUUCGAUGAAGGUAAAAGCUAUGGAACUCUGAAAAAACAUCGUUCGGCACUCGCCGUCCUAUUAGGACAAGAAAUAAGUAACGACAUCAAAAUCAAACAACUUCUGAAAGGAGCGUUUAAAAAAAGACCUUCGUAUGCAAAAUAUUCCUCAACGUGGGACCCACAAGUUGUAUUAAAUCAUAUAUCAAAUUGGUGCUCAAAUAAAGAACUUUCAUUAGAACAGUUGACCAAAAAGUUGGUUAUGCUUUUAGCGUUAUGUACAGCUCACAGAGUACAAACACUGUCACUAAUCAAAUUACAUAAUAUUAAAACUGACUCAAACGGAAUUAAGAUUAUUAUCUCUGACCCUAUAAAGACUUCAGGUCCUGGGCGUAAACAACCUGAACUAGUUUUACCAUAUUUUAAUGAGAAUAAAAGUAUUUGCCCAGCCGCUGUCAUAGAACAUUACAUAAAAUGUACCAAGGACAUAAGACCCACAGAUGUAAAUAACCUUAUACUUAGAUUUAAACAGCCUUACAGGGCAGCCGCACCCCGACAUAUCAGUAAGUGGAUAAAGGAGGUACUGGCUGACAGUGGGGUGGACACGACGGUGUUCGGUGCGCACAGCACGAGGCACGCCUCCACGUCAGCGGCGAGAUCCGCGGGCAUUUCCUUAGACGUUAUUCUUAGGGCAGCUGGCUGGACAAACACUUCAACAUUCGCUCGCUAUUACGACCGCCCUAUUUCUGAUGAGGGUGCUUUUGCAAAAUCUAUUCUUAGUAAGAAAUAGUUGCUGAUCAAUUAUUUUGAAUAUAUAAAUAUUAUGAUAACAUAAACCAAAAGCAAAACCUAAGGCCCUACGUUAACUAAGUAGAAUUAUACCUAGGUUAUAGGAAUAAACGUUAUUUUGAUAAAUGUAAA